AAUCGCAUUUCUCCAGAAAAGCCUUUCAUCAUCCAAGCCACGCGUGUCAUCAUCCUACUGCUCCAUUGCCUCUCCACCAUUCCUUCUCCGUCUAUUUACAGACACCCCGCCUUCCGUUUAGCCUCCAUUCUCUCCCCUCCAUUUGUUUUCUCCAUUAUAUCAUCUUUUCUUCAUUUUUCUUGACUGAAUGAGAGACGGAGGUGAGCCAACGAUAAUGUUCGCAGAGUCAGAGAGUAUCCCACGGUUCAAAUUCGGUAACAUGAUGCACUCCGACCCAAAUCUCUCCUUGAGCGCUGGCGCCAAUGUUGUUGCCGACGAUGAUUUUUACCUUCGGAACAGCAGUGCGUCUGCUGCGACCCCUGCCUUUUGUGAUCAGAACCGGAUGAGCUGCGAGGGCUCACCCAUGACCAUGUCGCCCUGGAACCAAACCUCUAAUUUCAUCAAAUCUGGAUGGUCCAAUUUCGGAGACAGCGGAAGUGCUGUCCCCACAAAUGCUUUAAUCGGGUCACUUGUACGCGAAGAGGGUCACAUUUACUCCUUAGCAGCCACCAAGGAUCUUCUUUACACCGGCUCCGACAGCAAGAACAUACGUGUCUGGAAGAAUCUGAAGGAACAUUCUGGGUUCAAAUCGAACAGCGGGUUGGUUAAAGCCAUUGUGAUUUCAGGGGAGAAGAUUUUUACCGGUCAUCAGGACGGUAAAAUUCGGGUCUGGAAAGUCUCUACGAAGAAUUCUAGCGUCCAUAAACGAGCUGGAACGUUGCCCACUCUGAAAGAUAUUCUCAAGAGCUCGAUUAAACCGAGCAAUUAUGUCGAAGUGAGACGCAAACGUUCUGCUUUGUGGAUCAAACACUCCGAUGCCAUAUCCUGCUUGAGCUUGGAUGAGGAAGAAGGGAUUCUGUACUCUGCUUCGUGGGACAGAACCGUUAAGGUUUGGCGAAUUUCUGAUUCCAAGUGUUUGGAGUCCAUAAAGGCCCAUGACGACGCUGUUAACGCUGUCGUUUCAAGCACUGAGGGAUUGGUGUUCACCGGAUCGGCUGACGGUUCUGUUAAAGUGUGGAAAAGGGAGCCAAAAGGGAAGGUAACAAGGCAUUCUCCGGUGCAAGCUCUUUUGAAGCAAGAAUGUGCAGUUACGGCCUUGGCUGUUAACACCUCCGGUACGGUUGUGUACUGUGGGUCUAGCGACGGGAUGGUGAAUUUCUGGGAACGCGAAAAACAGUUAUCUCACGGUGGAGUCCUCAAGGGGCACAAGCUGGCAGUCCUCUGCCUCGCGACUGCAGGUAAUUUGGUGUUCAGUGGCUCAGCGGAUAAGAACAUAUGCGUGUGGAAAAGAGACAGGUCUAUUCACACAUGUCUGUCCGUGCUGACGGGUCAUACCGGACCGGUGAAGUGCUUGGCGGUCGAAGAAGAUCAGGAGGCGGACCGGAAUCAGAGGUGGGUGGUUUACAGUGGGAGUCUUGAUAAGUCGGUUAAGGUGUGGAGCGUGUCGGAGUACGCACCGGAACUUCAGAUGGGAAUGUUACAGAAUCAGCAGCUGGGCCUGGAUGGGGACUCGAUGCGGUCGCAAGGGAGGAGCUUCUCCUCCGGAAGCAGAGCCAGCCAAAGCAGAGGGUUCUGAUCCCGAGGACUUCGGGGUCUUCCAGUUUUGAAACUGUCGUGAUGCCUGAGUCACGUUGUUGCACAAUUUUUUAAUAAAAAAGAUUUGUUUCUGUGACGCGUGGAUGGUAGAUAGCUGGAUGCUUGUUAUCUCUAUGAUGUUGGGAGUUGCUUACGUGGAACUACGAAGGGGCUUUAUGUAAUAUAAAAUUGUGUUAUUUUCUUUAAAAUUAUGCUAUGAAUUUCUGCUGUAUAUUUGAAUGGGGAUUUGGCUAGUGUGAAAUUUGAAGGGAUACGAAUUACGAAAUAAAAAUGAUUUUCCUUU